CCCGGGCUUCAGGGAGGCUUCAGUCCUGAAGUGGCCCAGGAGAAGUAGACAAUAAAAACAAGACUUUCCUGAAGCAUGAAGAGCAUCUGAUCCACACGAUGCUGGAGUCGAGGAGACACCGUCCUCCAGACGGGGGGUAUGGCUGGGUGGUUGUGCUGUCCGCCUUUUGGGUCAUGGGGCUCACCGCUGCCGUCCUUAAGAACUUUGGCCUCUUCUUUCUGGACAUUCAGGCUCAUUUUAACAUUCUGACGAGCACCACCUCCUGGAUCACUUCAUGCACGAUUGCCAUGUUUCAUCUUGGAGCUCCAGUGGCCAGUGCUCUGCUCUUACAGUUUUCUCAGAGAGUCGUCGUUAUAAUCGGAGGAUUUCUCUGCGCCUCAGGGAUGUUUCUGGCGUCUUUAGACCUCAGUCUGCCGUGUCUCUACCUCACCAUGGGCAUCCUGCAAGGUACCGGUAUUUCCUUCUCUUGGGUCGCUGCCAACAGCAUGGUGAGCCAUUACUUCGUGAGGUGGCGUCCCAUCGCUUAUGCCAUCUCCAGCUCAGGAGAGUGCGUCUUUGCCAUUAUUUUCGGCCCAUUUUUCCAGUGGCUCAUUGAAACAUACGGCUGGCAAGGCGCGUUGCUCAUCAUCGCAGCCCUUCAGCUCAACAUCUGUGUGUGCGGUGCUCUCAUGAGGCCGCUGGGGUCCAUCCAGAGCACCGUGGACCAGGGACCUGCUUCUCCUGCUCUGCUUCUACCAAAGAGGAGCAGGACUUUCCAGUGUUCACUUCUCAAGAAACCAGAGCUCCUCCUUUACAUUGUGUUUGCCAUAUUAGCUGCAGCUGGCAUUUUUAUCCCACCUGUGUUUCUAGUUCCUUUUGCAAACAGUUUGGGAUUACACAAUUACUGGCCAGCGUCUAUCCUGUCUCUAGUGGCACUGGCUGAUCUGAUGGGACGGUUAAUCUGUGGAUGGGUCGCCAACAUGAGACUGUUAAGAAACCUGCAGCUGCUCACAGUCGUCGUCUCUUUGCUUGGUUUUGUUCUAAUGCUGCUCCCCAUUAGUCAAAAGCACUUAGGCUGCGUACUGGCCUUGUGUUUUGUCUAUGGCUCUCUGUUUGGCUGCGUUGUGGCCAUCCAUGUUACCUCCAUUGUGGACAUUGUAAACUUAGAGGGAUUUGACAGUGGUCUGGGUCUUUUUAUGCUUUUCAGGAGCGUUGGGGGAUGCGUUGGACCUCCUUUGGCAGGGUUUUUGGUGGAUCAAACCGGUGACUACAGAGCUGCCUUCUACUUGUCUGGACUCUGCCUCAUUUCCUCUGCAUUCUUCGUCAUCCUGGUCGACUAUUUGGUUCAAAAGAGAGAAGCUAAUAACACAGAAGCUGAUUCUGACUUCCGCUUCACUCAGGACAGAACAAAUGAAGUGAGACAUUGAUAUUUAUCUGGUCAAAAGU